AUGACAACUUCGACGACCGAGGAUCCUGCUGGUGCUAGUGCUGGUGCCACGACGGUGACACUGACAUCGCCACCUCGCAAGCACCGAAACACGAGAGUCAUUCUCUACAGUUUGAUAAUUGCUCUUGCAGCAUGCUCGUUUGGCUUUGAUCAGAGUGAAACUGGGGGUUUCCUCGCCAUGCCCGCGUUCAACAAAGAUUUCGGCUCCUACGACCCAGUGACGGAGACCUAUGUCAUUUCAGCUAGACAUCAAACCUUGAUGUACGGAGUCGAGGUAGCUUUCAUUGCCAUUGGUUCAGUGGCAGCUGGAUUCAUCUCAAUGUACAAAGGCAGAAAAUUCGGUCUCUACCUCUGCGCCAUCGCCACCAUCAUAGGAGCAGGUCUUCAGAUGAUAGCACACUAUGUUCCGAUGGUCGUUGGACGUGCCAUUAUGGGACUGGGCAUCGGCUUCGCUGCGGCUUUCAGUAUUGCCUACUGGAGCGAGAUUGCACCUGCGCACCUCCGAGGCCGCAUAGUCAUCUUUUACCAGUUCUUCUUGAACCUGGCGAACUUUGUAGGAUCCUGCAUCGAUCAGGGAACCCACAGCAUGCUCAACCGAUGGGCGUAUCGCGCACCUCUUCUCACCAUGAUGGGUCCGGCGUUACUCAUGCUCGCUCUUGUAUGGAUCAUUCCCGAAUCGCCACGAUAUCUGGUAGCCCAAGAUCAGAGUGAAAAGGCAAGGACAAACCUCAGAAAGAUUCGUGGACCUUCAUACACCGACGCAGAGGUGGAGGAAGAAAUCGCAGAGACGAUCAAAUUCACGGCGCUGGAAAAGGAACUCGAUGCUUCGACAUCAUACCUGGAUUGUUUCAGAGGCGCUGACCGUCGACGCACGCUGAUUGCCGUACUGAUGAUGGUCGGUCAGCAAUUCAUGGGUGUGGCCUUCCUUGCAGGAUACAUGACCUAUUUCUUCGCCCUCGUAGGGUUCACCAAUGCCUUUGUGGUCAGUGUCAUAACGAAUGCCGUUGCCAUUGGGGGAACGGUCGCUGCAUUCCCGAUAGUCACGUACCUAGGGCGCCGUCGAACCAUGAUUGUGGGUGCUUUUAUCAACGCAUUCUGCAUGUUGUCAUUUGCCAGCAUCUCAGUUGCUCAUCCGGGGAGUAAGGCGGCCGCGAGAUGUCUCAUCACAUUCAUAUGCAUCUUCUCAUUCACCUAUUCGGCCACCUGGGGAUCAAUAGGGCCCAUCGUCAUGGGAGAGGUACCGUCUAAUCGCCUUCGCUCCAAGACCGUCUCAAUUGCACUCUGCCUCUCUUUCCUGAUGGCACUUGUCGUCAUUACGUCUAUUCCGUACCUCAUUGGUGCUGCCUACCUGAAUUUGGGAACGAAGAUCGGUUUUGUUUUCGGUGGUCUUACGGUGCUGGUGUGGAUUGCCACUAUGCUUUAUCUCCCAGAGACAAAGGACCGCACCCUGGAAGAGAUUGACGAGAUGUUUUUGACUCGAGUUCCCGCCAGAGGCUUCAGAACAUACGUCUGCACACACCAGGUUGCCGGUUACGACCUCACCGGAGACAUGAAGGAAGAUGGCAUAAUCCACACCGAGUACCAGUUGACACCUAAGGCAGGCGCGGUGUAG